AGCCGUGUGACAGUAACUGAACACUGGUCCCAAGUCUUUCCAAAAGGUCAAGGUUCACAAGAACAUCUGAUCAAAUUCAUGACCAUGGGGGAUAUGAAGACCCCAGACUUCGAUGACCUCCUGGCAGCCUUUGACAUCCCAGACAUGGUCGAUCCCAAGGCAGCGAUUGAGUCUGGCCAUGAUGACCACGAGAGCCACGUGAAGCCCAGCACCCACAGCGACGAGGACUCGCACGCGCCCUCGUCCUCCGACGUGGGUGUCAGCGUCAUCGUCAAGAACGUGCGGAACAUCGACUCCUCCGAGGGUGCCGAGAAGGAUGGCCACCCGACCACGGGCAACGGCCUUCACAACGGGUUCCUGUCGGCCUCCUCGCUGGACGGCUACGGGAAAGAUGGGGCCAAGCCCGGGAAGGGAGACGCGGCAGCCUCCGAGGUGACCCUGAAGGACUCGGCGUUCAGCCAGUUCAGCCCCAUCUCGAGUGCUGAAGAGUUCGACGACGACGAGAAGAUCGAGGUGGAUGAUCCCCCCGACAAGGUGGACAUGCGGGCCAGCUUCAGGUCCCACGUGCUGACGGGCUCCGCGCCCCAGCAGGACCACGACAAGCUCAAGACCCUGGGAGGGGAGAGCCUGGGCAAAAUGGGAAUCUCCCCCUCAGGCAACCUGGAUAAAAACAAAGUCGUCAAGCGAGAGUCUGAGAACAAUUCCCUAAACCUGAGUGUGUACGAACCUUUCAAAGUCAAGAAAGGGGAGGAUAAGUUGAAGGAGAACUCGGACAAGGUUUUGGAAAACAGGCUCCUGGAUGGAAAGCUGAGCUCAGACAAGAGUGACACCGGCCUGGCCAGUGUGGCACCGUCCAAGGCAAAGGCAUCCUCCAAGCUGUCCUCGUGCAUUGCUGCCAUUGCUGCCCUCAGCGCCAAGAAGGCUGCAUCGGACUCCUGUAAAGAACUGGCGACCAACUUGGGGGAGUCCUCACCGUUACCCAAAGAAGCCAACGAUAGCCCGGCCACCCUCGAGAAGUCUCCCGAAUCCCAGAGUCUCAUCGACGGGGCAAAGAAAGCAUCCCUGAAGCCCCCGGACAGUCCCCGGAGCGUGUCCAGUGAGAACAGCAGCAAGGGCUCACCGGCUUCCCCCGCGGGGUCCACCCCAGCCAUCCCCAAAGUUCGCAUCAAGACCAUUAAGACGUCAUCCGGGGAGAUCAAGAGGACUGUGACCAGGGUGCUGCCUGAGGUAGACCUCGACUCCGGGAAGAAGCCCUCCGAGCAGGCGACGUCCGUGAUGGCAUCGGUGACGUCCCUCCUGUCCUCCCCCACGUCGGCUGCCGUCCUCUCCUCUCCCCCCAGGGCGCCUCUGCAGUCGGCCGUGGUGACCAAUGCCGUCUCCCCCGUUGAGCUGACGCCUAAGCAGGUCACCAUCAAGCCCGUCGCCACCGCCUUCCUCCCCGUGUCCGCCGUGAAGACGGCCGGGUCUCAAGUCAUAAACCUGAAGCUGGCCAACAACACGACGGUAAAAGCCACGGUCAUCUCCGCGGCCUCGGUCCAGAGCGCCAGCAGCGCCAUCAUCAAGGCCGCCAACGCCAUCCAGCAGCAGACGGUCGUGGUGCCAGCCUCCAGCCUGGCCAACGCCAAACUCGUGCCAAAGACCGUGCACCUUGCCAACCUUAACCUCCUGCCUCAGGGUGCCCAGGCCACCUCCGAACUCCGCCAAGUGCUCACCAAACCUCAGCAGCAGAUCAAGCAGGCAAUAAUCAACGCAGCCGCCUCGCAGCCGCCCAAGAAGGUGUCUCGGGUCCAGGUGGUGUCCUCGCUGCAGAGCUCCGUGGUCGAGGCGUUCAACAAGGUGCUGAGCAGCGUCAAUCCAGUCCCAGUUUACAUCCCCAACCUCAGCCCCCCGGCCAGCGCGGGCAUCACGCUGCCCACGCGCGGCUACAAGUGCUUGGAGUGCGGCGACUCCUUCGCCCUGGAGAAGAGCCUCAGCCAGCACUACGACCAGUGCAGCAUUCGCAUCGAGGUCACGUGCAACCACUGCAUCAAGAACCUGGGCCACAAGGAGAAGGGCGUGGUGAUGCAGUGCUCCCACCUCAUCCUCAAGCCGGUCCCCGCGGACCAGAUGAUCGCCUCCCCCACGAGCAACACCCCGGCAGUGGCCAUGUCCUCCUCCUCCUCCUCCUCCUCCUCCUCCUCGGCGGCUCUGCCGAGCUUGGCCGGCGCUGGCACGCACACGGUGGCCAAAAUCCAGUCCGGCCUCAUGGGGACAGUCAUUUCGGCUCCUUCCAGCACACCCAUUGUCCCGGCCAUGCCUCUCGACGAAGACCCCUCCAAGCUCUGCAGGCACAGCCUCAAGUGUCUGGAGUGCAACGAGGUCUUCCAGGACGAGACGUCGCUCGCCACCCACUUCCAGCAGGCUGCAGACACCAGUGGACAAAAGACCUGCACAGUCUGCCAGAUGCUGCUUCCUAACCAGUGCAGCUUCGCGUCACAUCAGAGGAUCCAUCAGCACAAGUCUCCCUACACCUGCCCCGAGUGCGGGGCCAUCUGCCGGUCUGUGCACUUCCAGACCCACGUCACCAAGAACUGUCUGCACUACACGCGGAGAGUUGGUUUUCGAUGUGUGCACUGCAAUGUCGUGUACUCGGACGUGGCUGCCCUGAAGUCUCACAUCCAAGGCUCUCACUGUGAAGUCUUCUACAAGUGUCCUAUUUGUCCAAUGGCGUUCAAGUCUGCCCCAAGUACACAUUCCCAUGCCUACACACAGCAUCCCGGCAUCAAGAUAGGAGAACCAAAAGUAAUCUAUAAGUGUUCCAUGUGCGACACUGUGUUUACCCUACAAACCUUGCUGUAUCGCCACUUUGACCAGCACAUCGAAAACCAGAAGGUGUCCGUUUUCAAGUGUCCAGACUGUUCUCUCUUGUAUGCACAGAAGCAGCUCAUGAUGGACCAUAUCAAGUCUAUGCAUGGAACAUUGAAAAGUAUUGAAGGGCCUCCAAACUUGGGGAUAAAUUUGCCUUUAAGCAUUAAGCCCGCAACUCAGAACUCAGCGAAUCAAAACAAAGAAGAUACCAAAUCCUUGAACGGGAAGGAGAAAUCGGAAAAGAAAUCCCCAUCGCCUGUGAAAAAAUCGGUGGAGCCCAAGAAGGUGGUCAGCCCGGGGUGGACAUGCUGGGAGUGCGACCGACUGUUCACACAGAGGGACGUUUACAUCUCGCACAUGAGGAAGGAGCACGGGAAGCAAAUGAAGAAGCACCCCUGCCGCCAGUGUGACAAGUCCUUCAGCUCCUCACACAGCCUGUGCCGUCACAACCGGAUCAAGCACAAAGGCAUCAGGAAAGUGUACACCUGCUCGCACUGCCCGGACUCCCGGCGCACCUUCACGAAGCGGUUGAUGCUGGAGAAGCACAUCCAGCUGAUGCAUGGCAUCAAGGAUCCGGACUUGAAGGAGAUGGCAGAGGGCCCCAAUGAGGAGGAAGUGGAAAUGCAGGAGGACACCAAGGCCCCCAGCCCCAAGCGCAAGUUGGAAGAGCCGGUCUUGGAGUUCCGACCUCCCCGGGGAGCCAUCACGCAGCCCCUGAAGAAGCUGAAGAUCAACGUCUUCAAGGUCCACAAGUGCGCGGUGUGCGGCUUCACCACUGAGAACCUCCUGCAGUUCCACGAGCACAUCCCGCAGCACAAGUCCGACGGCUCGUCGUACCAGUGCCGCGAGUGCGGGCUCUGCUACACGUCGCACGUGUCCCUGUCGCGACACCUCUUCAUCGUGCACAAGCUCAAGGAGCCCCAGCCGGUGUCCAAGCAGAACGGGGCCGGGGAGGACACCCAGCAGGAGAACAAGCCGGGCCCCGAGGACGACUCCCCCGACGGCGCCGUCUCCGACCGCAAGUGCAAAGUCUGCGCCAAAACUUUUGAAACGGAAGCUGCCUUAAACACUCACAUGCGGACACACGGCAUGGCCUUCAUCAAGUCCAAAAGAAUGAGUUCGGCUGAGAAAUAG